CCAAACACCAGCUCCGUCGUGUAGCCGCGUUGUGCGUGACAAAAUGUGUGCUAGGAUACUGAUUUUUAACCUCUUUGUUGUAUUGAACAUUCACAUUAGCUAUCAAUGUCCCAUUGAAGAAGACGCGAAGGCAGCAUACAAAUCAGGGGAAAUCCCAGACCAAAGCUCACCAAUCACACUAGAGAAGAUCAAAACUAAGCUGAAAGAGAGUGAGGUGUUCGAUUGGAAGGAUCCCACUCUCAGUGAGAGAGAGAAGAAAGAGUUGAGCAAACUGUUCGAUGCUAUUGAAAUUAUGACAACAUCUCGCAACCGACAGCCGUCGUCGGUGCAAAACAUGUUCUCUUCAUUGCGAUUGGUUGAACGAGCGGUCAAGAAACAACUGAAGGAGGGACAGCUCUCGGAAACCUUGGCCGCGAAGUUCCAUUGGGAUAAAAUUUCAGUUCGACACAGGCGGGAGAGGCCGGCCUACCACUUGGACAAGAGUACGAAUAUGAGGAUCUUCAACUUGGCUUAACUUCGAUGCUGUAAGACAUUGUAAAUGACGCAAAUGGGAAAUGCAUUUCUGGGUAAUAGAUAGUGUUUUUGUAUUGAUAAUGAUGAAAAGCAAAAUAAAGUUAUAUUUAUUUGG